UGCCUGAAGCAGUGUCAUUGAGAAACAUGGCGGCCUCCACGGGACUUACGGGUGUUGCUGCUUCCAGUUCGCAAGGUCCAGCUCCGCCUGGUCCGAGCGUGGACAGCCCCACUAUUCAGUACAGUAUGGUUCUGGAGCAUCUUAUCGGGGAUAAGAGGCCCGUGAAGAACCUGAAUCCCGCCGUGAUGGGGGCCCUGCCCGUGCCUCCGAAAACCGACGAACAGAAGAUGAUCGAGAGAGGGAUGGAGAGCUGCGCUUUCAAGUCUUUGUUAGCCUGUGUGGGAGGGUUCGUUCUUGGAGGAGCUUUUGGUGUUUUCACAGCUGGAAUUGAUUCCAAUGUUGGCUUUGACCCCAAAGACCCCUUGAGAACCCCAACAGCACGAGAGGUUCUAAAAGACAUGGGCCAGAGGGGGAUGUCCUAUGCCAAGAACUUUGCCAUUGUGGGCGCCAUGUUCUCCUGUACAGAGUGCAUCAUAGAAUCACACAGAGGCAAAUCUGACUGGAAGAAUGCAGUGUACAGUGGUUGCGUGACCGGAGGAGCUAUUGGCUUUCGCGCUGGUCUGAAGGCCGGUGUCCUGGGAUGUGGAGGCUUUGCUGCAUUCUCUGCUGCAAUUGAAUAUUACUUGCGGUGACGCACUAUGGAGUCGCUCGAUGGACAAAAACAUAAAUGUUGCACAUGGGGACCAGAGAAGGAAGACUGGCGCUGUGAGAGCGCUAACCCCGAUAUUUCCCUGCACAUCGAGGAUGGCUCUAAAAGCAGGAUUGAUGUAUAUUGUUCAAACGUGGGGAUAUUCAGUGACAUCACCGUGGACUAAAAAAAGACCUGUCUGUGUAUUUUCCAGUGACUUUAGUACCAACUUCAUAUGGUGAAGCUUCAGAAACAGAGCAGAGUGUGUCUGCUUCAGUGGAUACUGAUCAGAUGAGGAAAGCUGAACAUGUGUGAGCUUCACUCUGGGUUUAUUAAACUCAGAUGAACGCUGUUCUGGUUGUAGAACACUGGUUUGAUGUGUCAGUGACUAAUCCACAGCAGGAUUAUUCAUAAUAAAAGUGAUAUUUGUUAAA